AUGGCAGAAACACAUGAAUUUUAUUUUGAUGACGAUGGUAUUAAUUCAGAACGUAUUGUAAAUGAUGAAUAUCAGGUGACUAAUGAAUUUUUUUGUACGAUUUGUCAAAGUCUUCUGUGGAAACCAACAUCAUGCGGAUCUUGUCAUCAUUUAUUCUGUGAUAAAUGUAUUCAAAAAUGGAAGAGAAUUAAUUCACCUUCAUGUCCUUUUUGCUGUACUCCAUAUGUAGAAAAACGUGUUCCACCAUAUAUUCAUUCUCUUUUGGGUCGUUUAUCUAUUCGUUGUCGAAAUAGUUCAUUUGGUUGUACAGAAAUUUUAUCAUAUAAUUCAUUAGAACAACAUGAAACAAAUGAAUGCCAAUAUCCAACAAAACAAUGUCACAUAUGUGGAAAUUAUAUAUUGACAGAUGCUAGUGACCAACAUCAAUCAUCUUGCAUCCCAGCUUUAAUUGAAUGUCGUAUAUGUAAACAUCUUGUAGAUUCAGAAUCAUUUUCACAGCAUACGAGUGAAUGUUUUCGAGCAAGAUUAGAUGAUUUCAUAGAUCGCAUGACACCUAUCAAUACUCCAGCUGCUUUACCUCUACAAAAAAAUAAUGGAAACACGUUCGAUCGGCUAACUGAUCUUCCUCAUCAGUGGUUCUCAAGCUGCACUAAUUAUAUAUUUCCUUCUGUGUUGUGGUUUUGCAACUAUUUUAGAAUUUUUUAUUGUUUUGGCAAUAUUAAUACAAGAUCAAGUUUCAAUUUCUAUGUAUCGAUCAUUUACCUUUAUUAUUUUGUUUACUGGAUUAUUUAA